GCAUUUCCUGUGUUCUCUGUGUAACAGCUGUGUGCGGCGGCAGCUGGAUGCAUCAUUCCUGAACCGCUACAUAGCUGCCUAACUUCACAACGCCUCCAUAAUCGUCUUUCUCUAUCUCUCUCCACGGAAAGCACAACGUUGUGUGUGUUUUGUUUUUGAACGCUGUGGAUCGGUUUUAUUUCAGCUCAAAUCUAGUCGUCAAGGGCGGGUGUGUUGUCGGUUGGCCACUUUUUUUUUUGAGGACAUCGCGGUUGUAGAUGAUCUCAUAUUUUAAACCGCCAGUGUUUACUUAAGACUAGCAUUGUACUUGCUGGUUUGUUGAACACUUGAAUUCGAGAUCCUCUUUACAGUAUAGAGCCGUUUAGAUUGAAUGACGUGUGACGAGACGUCUUGUUAGUCUUCCAAACACUAGAUAACUACAACUAGUUGUCUAGCUAACGUGACGGUAAAUAAAGCGAAGUUCUCUCUCUCUCUCUCUCUCUCUCUCUCUCGACGACGGCGUGAUGUGGGAUGAUGGAGUCUUUUGGGUAUCAUGUUAGCUAGUUUGCUAGCCUGCUAGCUCCGUUUCCAUUUACAAGGGGCGAAGUUACAAUAUCAACAUUGACGACACGGAAAAGACCGACAGCCUGGCGGGCGAGAUGAAGGAGGAGAACCUGUUCCGUCGGCGUUUCUCUCUGUGUCCCGCAGCCACCACUCCACCCAAAUUAGAUCCACGUGGUCUCGGCCGGAACCUGUCGUACGGAGGAGACAAUGAUGUGGACCCGAUCAGCCCAGGCAGUGAGUCGGAGAAGAAUGGUUUGCCUUUACCGAGAGAUGAGGUCAGCCCAGGCCAGUCUCCCAGCAGUGCUGCUAACAUAAUUACUGGGCUGGUGAGUCUAAACAUAGAGUCAGAAUCAAAGAUGUUCAUAGGUUUGGAGAAGGAGAGCUCUUCACCCACUGAAAAGUUGGCCAGAAAGGAAUCUCUAAAGGUUCAAAAAAAGAAUUACCGUCAGGAAAAGAAGAGGGCAGCCAAAGAAUUAUUUAGUGCUCUAAAGGACCCCAGUGUGGUCAUAAUUUCUAACUGGUUAAAGAUCCGGGGGACACUGAAGAGCUGGACGAAGCUGUGGUGCGCUUUGAAGCCUGGGGUUCUCCUGAUCUAUAAAACCCCAAGCUCUGAGCACUGGGUGGGGACUAUCAUACUAAAUGCGUGCAAACUGAUUGAACGGCCCUCGAAGAAAGAUGGUUUCUGCUUCAAACUUUACCACCCCUUAGAGAAGUCCAUCUGGGCCAUGAAGGGCCCUAAAGGAGAGACAGUCGGCUCCAUCACACAGCCUCUUCCUAGCAGUUAUCUGAUUUUUCGAGCUGCAUCUGAAUCUGAUGGCCGAUGCUGGAUGGAUGCGUUGGAGUUAGCACUCAGCUGUUCCAGCCUGUAUAAGCUGACUGCUAAGAGCUGCAGGGACGGAGACCUGAGCAGCUCCUCUGAAUCGUCCCAUAUACUCCAGCUCCUGCAGUCUACUGCCCUUAGUGAGCAGGAACUGCUACAGUUGAAUGACUCCAUGCUUGAAAACAACCAGAUGGAGAAUGAAUCUGAAAGAGAGGCCCAUGAGGACUCCGAUAACGCAGCCAAUGAAAACGGUGGGAGAUUAACUGAGGAGAGCGAUAUGGACCAAUCAGAUGACCUUUUGCCCUGCCUCCAAGCAACACUGUAUCUUGAACAAGGCCAUGAGGAUAUGGGAGAGGCUGGUGAAGCAUCUCAGGUGGAGACGGUGUCGGAUGAGAAUAAAGGGUUAAUCUGGACAUUGCUGAAGCAGCUGAGGCCUGGCAUGGACCUGUCCAAAGUAGUGUUGCCUACCUUCAUCCUGGAGGCACGCUCCUUCCUGGACAAACUGUCUGACUAUUACUACCAUGCCAACCUGCUGUCCCAGGCAGUCACAGAGGAAAGCCCAUACUGCAGGAUGAAACAAGUCUUACGCUGGUACUUGUCAGGCUUUUACAAAAAACCUAAGGGUCUGAAAAAGCCAUACAACCCUAUUCUCGGGGAAACAUUCCGUUGCUGUUGGCUGCACCCUCUGACUGACAGUUGUACCUUUUACAUAUCCGAGCAGGUAUCUCAUCACCCUCCUAUCUCAGCUUUCUAUGUGAGCAAUAAGAAGGACGGCUUCAUCAUCAGUGGUAGCAUCCUGGCCAAGUCCAAAUUCUAUGGGAACUCUUUGUCAGCAAUACUGGAUGGGAAGGCCAGACUAUUGUUUCUAACCCGAGAUGAGGAAUAUGUCAUUACAAUGCCAUACGCUCACUGUAAAGGCAUUCUGUAUGGUACAAUGUCUCUGGAGCUUGGAGGAAAGAUCACCAUUGAGUGUGAAAAAACAAACUAUUCUUCUGAACUUGAAUUCAAAUUGAAGCCUUUCCUCGGCAGCUCAUGUAAUGUUAACCAGGUUUAUGGAAAGAUCCGUUUGGGAGAGGAUGUAUUGGCCACAGUGGAAGGACACUGGGAUGGUGAGGUGCUUCUCUGCGAGAAGAAGACUGGCCUCCAGGAGGUGCUGUGGAACCCCACACCUGACAUACGCAGUCAGCGGCUGAAGAGGCGGGUGGUGAAGUUUGAUCAGCAGGGACCUUUUGAGUCGGAACGGUUAUGGCAGCAUGUGACCAGUGCCAUUAAUGCCAAGGACCAGAACAAAGCUACACAGGAGAAGUUUGUUCUAGAGGAAGCACAGAGGCAGGAGGCACGGCAAAGAGGAGACCGGCCCUGGAACCCACACCUUUUCACUAUGAACCCCAUCACCAACGAGUGGAACUACAAACACAUGGACACUAAAGCGUGGGAUCCUGACUGUUGCCUGGUUCAGUUUGAGAAAGAUGGCAUCGUCCAGACCAAAGAAAAGCCCCGGCGUCAGCACAACGGCUUCACCUACAGCCAGAACUGGAGCAGCCAGCAGAAGGCCCAGGUUCAUGGAAAGCACAGGAAGUCAAGCAGCCAGCCAUCCAGUUGUAGUCAGAACACAGAAAGCAGCAGCAGCACACCAGAGCCGACACACGAAUCCUCCGACAAUGAAGGUUUUGGCAGCCAGUGUGCCAGGUGCAGUAAGGGAAUGAAGGACCUUGCACAAGUAGAGGCCUCUAUAGCAUCCAUACAGAAAUCACAGCAGGACAUUCAGAGAAAUCUGAGUGUGUUGAGUCGUGAGCUGAUGCGACGGGCGGAGCAGAGUGUGCAUCUGAGCGUCCGUCACUGCUUCGUUCUGUGCCUCCUGCUGCUCUUCCAACUCCUCAUCAACUAUGUCUUCAGCUGAGAGACCAUCAUCUAGUUGCCCUGAGACCAUCACAUCACAACUGUUGCCUAGCAAUAAACACAGUAAUAAACUCCCAACACUACACAGCUCUUGAGGGUCCCACUGACUGUAGCUCCAGGCACUCAGCACUUCAGAAAUACGGAGCACGAGACUCUUUUUAACCAAUGAAAUAUGGAGGGAAAAGUGUACCGUUGCAGUGCUACUCUUGCUGAUGGAUGUGUAACUUUUUUUUUGUCUUCAUUUCAUUUUUUUAUUUUAUUUUUCACUUUUCUUGUUGUGUUUGACACGUCCAGGCUCCACGGGCAGCUGCGGUGUGAGUGUGAGGGUGCGAAUGAUUGUGAGCGGCACAUGUGUGAUGUUUAGUCUGUUUCCCCGCUCCAUUUAAGUUGUUGGGCCUUAAUGCUAAAGCCAAAUAGAAAAGUCAAAACAAAAGAAUAGUCUGUAGAAGAACAUCCAUCAGUGCAGUUCUGCGUGCUUUUGUGUUAAUGUCCGAUCAAACGAUAUGACUCCACAUAAAAUAAUGAUUUUUUACCAAAACAGUAUUCCUCAGUUGUUAAAUUGUGUUUACAUGUUUGUUUCUGUACCCUACGCUUAAAAAAUGCACUGUUGCCAAACGAUAAAUUGUACGGCUGAAGGAAUGAAUAAAUGCUGCACGUCCUCAUGAAACUAGAAUGAACAAUCAGCCGUAGGCCAGAAUACAGAUCCGUGAGGAUGGUGGAGCGUUUGGGUUGAUUGUUGACUCAUAUUGGCCUUGAAUUUCAUUGCAGUCUUUUAUAAGGAAUAUGAUGAGGGUUCUGUGAUCAAGUAUGUAUAUAUUUGUUUGGAACACGAUGCCAUUUUAAAUGAAAUCGAGAAUGUAUUUAUUAGAUUCUUCCUUUUUUGGUAAUCAUGCUAUUUUAAAAAAAUAUAUAUGCAUCACACUCAUUCAGGUUUUCUGGGAGCAAUAUGGUCAUUGUUCUUCCGCAAAAAGUGUGGAACGGUGAGACAGGGAUAUACAGUAGACGGCCAGCUGUUCUUUCGUCUGCCUGUGUUGUACAUACACCAGAUAAACUAUAGAGCCCUGUUGUGAUUUGACUUGGAGCACACAAAUUUUCCAUUGUAGCUGAUGCAAGUUUAGCACGCUUCUUCAAAAAGUCAUCAUAAGGCUCCAUAAAUGUAGGAGUGGAGAGACAGAUGGCUAUAAAUGCUUGUUUGUUUGUUGUUUUUUUUUUUUUUUUUUUUUUUUUUUUUUUACAUUCUACAGCAGUCUGUAAAACUGUUCUAAAUUGAGAAAAAAUACCAAUAGUUCACCGAAUGUCAAUACUUAUUACAUAUUGCAGCACUACAGUAAACUUUUCAACUUUGA